GCGUGGUGCCCAGUGAGGACAGUAGCAGGAUCUCAGUUGCAGUUAAAGUGCAUGCCUGUGAGAUGGUGCUCAGUACUGCAGUGCCAGAGCCGCUCUGAGGAGCACCUGUAUGAGGCAGGGAUACAGUCUCCUCAAUUUACAGCUGGACGCUGGAGAAACAAGUGCAUCCAACGCAGAGGUUUUGAGACACCGGGGCAGUGACGCUGGCUCUUGCAAAAUUGGGAGUGCGGAUGGAGAGAGGCUGCCACCGUUUUUAUGCCAGCCUGUUAUCUGCAGCUGCUCUGAGCAGAGGGGGAUGAUACACCCAUAAAAUAGCUGGAAUGGGCUCAUGCUAGUGCUCCUCGCGCCUCUGUUAACAUGGCGUUGGCACGGGCAACGUCCCCAGCAUGGUCAGCGCAAGGCUGGAGAGGUGAAGUGACCUUUCUCUGGCAGUUCUGGGACAGAACAUGUCUCCAGCAUCUGUCAGACCCUGUCACCACCGAAUACUGGCAUGUAGGAUGGGCAUCUUGCUCGCUCACUCAGCAGCUGCAUCUCCUGCAUGUCCCAGAGAGAGCCAAGCAAGGCAGUGCCCCUGGGCAGCAGCCAUCCGCGCACUCUGCAAAUGCUUAUGGUAAGGGACUCCUUCGGAGGGGCUUUCUGUGCUCCAAACAGCCUAGGUAAGUAGAGAGCCAGCUACUGGAGAGAGGGCUUGGCAUGAAACCUGGGCAACGGAGGAUGGGUGCCGUUCUAUUUCCAGGCAGGACCCGCUGAGGUUGUCAUUGGCUGCUCCACAGCUCUUUACAGGCAGUUCCAAUUGGGAGACUCUGGUAGGGCCAUUUCACUCCCGGCUGGAAACUCCAACCUCUACCCCCCCACCCCGCCCGCUGGGGGAGGAGAAUGCAGUGCCCGGCUUUGCGCCUGGACUGUGGGUGCGUGGCUGGAGCCUGGUGCCUUCCAAGCCAGGGCUGAGCUGGUCUCUGCUGCUGCCUGGGCUUGGAGAGAAAGGGAAGCGUGGCGCUGGCGCCUAGCCCCUGCUGAGGAUGGGGUGAGCUGAAGCGGCCUGACCCUGGGUGAAAAGUUCAAAUCUGCAUUUAAAAGGAGGAGAGCCGCUAAGUGGCGGGGACAGUCUCCAGUCAAUCGAAAGGGGUUUUGUUUCCAAAAGACACUGAGCUGGCCUCUUGUUCAGACUCCUGCAGCCUGGCGUGCUCCUGCAGGGAAGCGGGGCCGUGUGGAGGGAUAGAAACAGGGAUUCAGGCUCUGCUGGUGGCACUCGGCUCCCAACCCCUCUUGAUGGCAUUUCCCCUGAGGAGUUAAUCUCCUUGCACCUUUCCUCCUUGGAGCCCCCGGCACUCAGCUCCCCGGCCUGUGCUCGACCCACUAGCCUAGACUUCACUUGGCCGUCUCGCUCCGUGCCUUGGCCAGCAGGCCUGAAGCAUCUCUCCUCCAGAGAGCGCCAUGGUAACCCUGCGCGGGAUUGCAGCCUUGCCCUCCCCUGCGCCGCGUUCACACCCCCACGCUGGGGCAGGCAGACAUUAGUGUGAGCAGGGCUCCUGUCGCCAUGGUGACUCAGCCUGCCCCACAAGCACCGGGAAGGCCUGUUUGUUCUGUGGGAGAGGUUUGAAAUGAGCUCCGGGCGGGGGAAGGUGUUGGGCAGCUCAGUGUUUUCCUUCAGGCCAGCCUGUCCCUCUUAUUCCUGCCUAAGGAUGUGGGUUAGGGCUUUCUGGCAUCCGAACAGCUGGAAGGCCUGUGCUGCCCUGGCUGGUGAAUGGGAAAGAGCCUUGUUCUUUUCAGUCCCGAAGUUCCUCGCGGAGCUAGAUAUUCAUUAGGUGCUCUCCUUCCUGCCUUAACAGGGCGUUGAAUUCUGCAGGGGGGUUGAGGAGCACCUAGGCCCCAAGUCUGCUUUGUUCACAAGCAUCAGACAAAUGUAGAUAGUUUUGCUUCUCUUUGUGGAGCCCUGUUACCUUGAUUAUUCACUCUGGCUGUGAGAGGAGAUUAAGGAGGCUGGGAGGGUUUCAUUCCUUCCUGCUCCAUUCUGAUGCUAACAAGCUGGUCUGUGACCUGGGAGGAGCAAGAUACAGCCCCGCUUCUGUGGGACCCUGCCUCUGGACUACACAGAAGAAAGUUUUGCCUUUGAAAAUUAUCUGCAGUUCUUGGCUUUUUCACAUGCUUAUCUGAGUUUCCAGCUGAGUGUCAACACUGAAUAUGUUCUGCUAAGUGGUGUGUGGGGUCCCUGGUUUACCUUGGGCAGGCUGGAGAGGACUGGAGAAUGAAAGGUCCGAGCCGUAGUGGGUGCAAUGAAAGCUCCAUGCAGGCCUUACCAUGGAAGGCUGUGACUCGCCUGUCAUCCCUGGGAAGGACAAUGGGUGUGGCAUCCCUCAGCACCAGCAAUGGACUGAACUCAAGAGCACCCACCUCCCUGACAAACCCAGUAGCAUGGAGCAGUCCACAACCGAAAACCAUGGGGCCCUAGACAGCCUGAGGGUCCCCUUUAAUGAGCGCAUUCCAGACAGCACCAACUCAGCUGGCCCCAACGCUGAGUCCACUAGCAAAGAGGUCAGCUGCAACGAAUGCUUGGCCUCCUUCGCCAGUUUACAGACCUACAUGGAGCACCAUUGCCCCGGUGCCCGCCCACCUCUUCCCCUGAGGGAGGAAAGUGGGAGCGAUACCAGUGAGGAGGGGGAGGAGGAGAGUGAUGUGGAGAACCUGGCUGGAGAAAUAGUCUACCAGCCAGAUGGCUCAGCGUACAUUGUUGAAAGCGUCAGCCAGUUGAUCCAAAGUGGGGGAGCCUGUGGCAGUGGCAACGGGGCUCUCCCUUCGUUCGUUCUGAACUCUCUACCCAAUGCUGGGGGCAAACCAGGAGAACCUUCCUCUGCUGCACCCGUGUACCCACAGAUCAUUAACACUUUCCACAUAGCCUCAUCCUUCGGGAAAUGGUUUGAGAGCUCAGACCAGCCCUUCCCGAAUACCUCAGCCCUGACGGGCAUCAGCCCCGUCUUGCACAGCUUCCGCGUUUUUGAUGUGCGGCACAAAAGCAACAAGGAUUACCUGAACAGCGAUGGUUCUGCCAAAAGCUCCUGUGUAUCCAAAGAUGUUCCCAACAAUGUGGACCUGUCCACGUUUGAUGGCUUUGUGCUCUAUGGGAAGAGGAAGCCCAUACUGAUGUGUUUCUUGUGCAAGCUCUCCUUUGGGUAUGUCCGCUCGUUUGUGACCCAUGCAGUGCAUGACCAUCGAAUGACUCUGAGUGAGGAGGAGCGGAAAAUUCUUAGCAAUAAGAACAUCUCCGCUAUCAUCCAAGGGAUAGGCAAAGACAAGGAACCCCUUGUAAGUUUUCUGGAACCAAAAACCAAAAACUUUCCACACCCUUUAGUUUCAGCAGCUAACCUCAUAGGCCCUGGACACAGCUUUUAUGGUAAAUUCAGUGGCAUUCGCAUGGAGGGGGAAGAGGCUCUCCAGGCUGGCACUGCCAGUGGAGCAGAGCAGCCACAGUCAGGCCUCUUGGCGCCUGGUGCCCUCUUGAACCUUGGUGGGCUGACCAGCUCGGCUCUGAAAACCCCAAUUACCUCAGUCCCCCUGGGCCCGCUGGCUUCCAGCCCUACCAAAUCCUCUGAGGGGAAAGACUCCAGGGCAGCCGACAGUGAGAAGCAAGAAAUGGGUGACCAGGACAGCCUCUCAGAAAAGGCAGAGCCAGCUGAGGAGAUGGAGGAAGAGGAGGAGGAGGAAGAUGUGGAGGAGGAGGAGGAGGAGGAGGAAGAAGAAGAGGAAGAGGAGGAGGAGGAGGAGGAAGAUGAUGAUGAGGGUUGCAAAGGACUGUUUCCAAGCGAGUUGGAGGAUGAAUUGGAAGAUAGGCCCCUUGAAGAGUCUGGGGCUGUGGCAGGUAGCAGCAGCAAAAAGGACCCUGCUCUCUCAAACCAAAGCAUUUCUAACUCUCCCUUAAUGCCUAACGUGCUCCAGACCCUGUCGAGGGGCACGGCUUCUUCGAGUUCUAAUUCUGCUUCUUCCUUUGUCUUUGAUGGUGCAAACAGGAGGAAUCAUUUAAGCUUUAACAAUGAGGGUGGUGGAGCCAGCGUGGCAGAGGGCAGCAGGAGGUUGGACUUCAUCGAUGAAAGUGCCAGUAAAGACAAUGCCACAGCACCAGAACCAAAUGAGAGUGCAGAGGGCGAGGACGGGAGCUACCUCUCCCAUCACCAGCACGCUGGUCCCCUCUGUGAGCUUGGGGGUGGGGAAUGCCCCUCGGGGAGUGGCGUGGAGUGCCCAAAGUGUGACACCGUCUUGGGCUCCUCACGGUCACUGGGUGGCCACAUGACCAUGAUGCACUCGCGCAACUCGUGCAAGACGCUCAAGUGUCCCAAGUGCAAUUGGCACUACAAAUACCAGCAGACGCUUGAGGCGCACAUGAAGGAGAAGCACCCCGAGCCAGGUGGCUCGUGUGUGUACUGCAAGAGCGGGCAGCCGCACCCCCGCUUGGCACGGGGCGAGAGCUACACUUGUGGUUACAAGCCUUUUCGCUGUGAGGUCUGUAACUACUCCACUACUACCAAAGGCAACCUCAGUAUUCAUAUGCAGUCCGACAAGCAUCUCAACAACAUGCAAAACCUGCAGAAUGGAGGGGGGGAGCAAGUCUUCAGUCACAUUGCCGGGGCAGCGGCAGGGGGUAACAUUGGUAGCUGCUGUGGGGCCCCCUCCCCCACCAAACCAAAAACCAAACCCACCUGGCGGUGUGAGGUGUGUGACUAUGAAACCAACGUCGCUAGGAACCUUCGCAUCCACAUGACCAGUGAGAAGCACAUGCACAAUAUGAUGCUGCUCCAGCAGAACAUGACCCAAAUCCAACAUAACCGGCAUUUGGGCCUUGGCAGCCUGCCCUCCCCAGCUGAGGCCGAGCUGUACCAGUACUACUUGGCACAAAACAUGAACCUGCCCAACCUGAAGAUGGACAGCACUUCCUCUGAUGCUCAGUUCAUGAUGGGUGCCUACCAGCUGGAUCCCACCAACCCUAUGGCAACUAUGGCUCCAACGCUAGUGGGUGGAGAGAUCCCCCUGGACAUGCGGCUGGGGGGCGGGCAGCUGGUGUCCGAGGAGCUAAUGAACCUGGGCGAGAGCUUCACACAAACCAAUGACCCGUCGCUGAAGCUCUUCCAGUGUGCUGUGUGCAACAAGUUCACGACCGACAACCUGGACAUGCUGGGGCUGCACAUGAGCAUGGAGCGCAGCCUCCCGGAGGAGGAGUGGAAGGCCGUGAUGGGCGACUCCUACCAGUGCAAGCUGUGCCGCUACAACACGCAGCUCAAGGCCAAUUUCCAGCUCCACUGCAAAACCGAUAAGCACGUGCAGAAGUACCAGCUGGUCGCGCACAUCAAGGAGGGCGGCAAGGCCAACGAGUGGCGGCUGAAGUGCGUGGCCAUCGGGAACCCCGUGCACCUGAAGUGCAAUGCCUGUGACUAUUACACCAACAGUCUGGAGAAGCUGCGUCUGCACACGGUGAACUCCCGGCACGAGGGCAGCCUCAAGCUCUACAAGGUAAGGCUUGCUUUCCCCAGAGCCCCGGGCGAAGGGAGGGAGCAAUUCUGAGCCGGGGUGAGGGUG